GCAACUUCAAAAUGUCGGCGGAAAAACUGGAAUUGCACCAUCUAUUAGUGAAAAAAUUACAAUCGUCUAUUUAUGUAUGUUUUUUUUCUCCUCCCUCCCUUGAAAGAAGGUUAGAAUGAUUCGUUUGCUGUGCGCUGUUUACUAUUUUAAAAUAAUAUUUGAAAUUAUGUUAUAACAUAAAGAACUGAGCAAACUUUUUGAAAUAAAAGUAAAAAUCUACUUUUGUUUGAUCUCGUUAACUUAAUCGAUUCGAUUGUUUUUGAGGCUUUAUCACUUAAAAUAGAAUACAAUAUAAAUUUCCAAUACUGAAACUAUCAUCAAUUGUAAUAUAUCUAAAAAAAGAAGACAACUUUCAAGAUAAUAUCAGUAUACCGUCAGUAUACUUUUAAGAAAUGGCACCUGUAAGACGAAGAAGCCAAAAUGUUUCAAGUUACAGAAUGGGGAAGACAGAUGUUGUUGAUCGAAAUCGUUGGUUACCAUUUCUUGAUUUUCCAUUAUGCAUUCAAGAAAUGAUUUUCAGUUAUCUUCAAUUUGGAACAAUUUCAAAAAUACGUGCGGUAUGCAGGCAGUUCAAUUUGAUAUGUUCAUCAUUGCUGAAUAAAGAAUUUUGUAGACUUCGUGUAUUAGUACAACAACAUUUUUUAAAUAUUAAACAACAGAUGCCACGACGUGAAUCAGCGCGUCGAAAACAUCCUUUAGCAAGAAGAAAUGAUAUAGUAGAUACACUUCAUAUGCAACUGACAUUAUUACAAAUGACAUUUGGAAAGCAUAUUGAAAGAAAAUUUUGUUGUUUUUUUCCUGGAGAGAUAUUGGAUGAAGUGCACAAAAUUUUGAAUUAUGUAAAAAUAACUCCAAAUCCAUGUCAAGCAUUUAAAGUUACUGAUGAAUUGUUUGAUUUAACAACAAUGGCAAUGGACUAUUUUAAGGAACACAUAGAAACUACACUGCCAGAAGUUACAUAUUUUGCUACAGAUGUUUUGGAUUAUAUGCCAUCCAAUCCAAAGAAUCACUUCACUAACAACCAAAAAUUGUUAAAUGAAGAUAGUAGUACAAGUUCCAGUGAUGCAUCAAUUUUGGAUUAUCCUACAAUGAAAAAACAAUUGAUGAAAUUACAUUCAAAUACAAAAAGAAAUAACAGACAAGCAGCAUUGUUAAAGAAAAAAUUGAGAUCAGCCCAACAGCAUAUGACUAAACAACAAAAACAAAUGAUUGAGCUUAAAAUCAAACUGGAAAGAUAUGAUGCAAAAUUACAAGACAUGUCUCACAAACUGAAUUCAGUGGUGCGAGAAUUAAGCCAUUGCAAAACCGAGUUGCAAUUCUGGCGUUCGAAAUCUCCCGCCGUUCAAUGUAUAUGUGGCAAAGCCACUCCAGUUAAAGAGCUUAAAGAAGAUUUAUCUGAUAGACAUGAAAUUGAAGAAUUUAAACCAAUUUCAGCUCAGAUGGAUGACUUAUCAACUAUGUGUAGUUGUUCUUGGAUGUCUCUCUCAUCAGAAAUGUCAACAAGUGAUGCAGUAGAACUGCAUUCAUCACAUUUUCCAUUAAUCGAAGAAUCAGUGAGAAUAAAAGAUAUUGAUAGUGGUUUUGAACAAAUGGAAUAGAAAAUUUAAAAUAUUCUGAAAUAUAAGAGAAAUUGGAUGAACUUUAAGCUAAAAGCUAAAAAGUCCAAAAUAGAUCUCAUAUUUAUCUACUUAUCUAAUAUUUAGUAUAUAAACUUACGAUUUGUUUCCACUAAAUUUUGCAUUUUAUUUUAUAUUUAGAAUUCCAGUAUUAAUAGAAAACAUGUUAAAAUGUUUAAUAAAAUAUUUUAUGAUAGUCUUGUUGACUAAUUUUGU